AUGGCACUGACGAUUCUAAAUGAGUCGAAUAUAUUUGGCCAAGAUUGCUUCAAAUUAUCUCGCGCUGCCACUUUGGAGCGGAAAGGCAAUGUGGGUAAAUUCGCAUCAGUACGUAAAAUCCGCCAUCUGGUCUCCGGCGAGGAGUACGCUGCUAAAUUCAUCCGUAAGCGACGGCGCGCUGCCGACACCACCCGCGAGAUACAGCACGAGGUGGCCGUGCUGGCCCUGUGCGCCGAGAGUAGCCGCGUCGUGAGAUUACAUGAGGUAUACGAAACACGAUCAGAAGUGGCCAUAGUGCUGGAACUUUGCGCGGGAGGUGAACUACAGCGGCUCCUAGAUGAAGAGGAGAGAUUGUCAGAGGGCGCGGCUAGAAGGGCCCUCCGUCACGUACUAGAGGGCCUUGCCCACCUGCACGCACGUAGAGUCGCCCACCUAGACCUGAAGCCUCAGAACCUCUUGCUGUCGGCCGGAGGAGAAGAAUUACUUAUAUGCGACUUUGGUAUCAGCCGUGCGAUACAACCCGGCGCUCACGUCAGAGAGAUCUUGGGUACCAGGGAUUAUGUCGCGCCAGAAAUAUUAUCCUACGAGCCGUUGUCCCUAGCAGCGGAUAUAUGGUCGGUGGGUGUUCUAGCGUACGUACUGCUCAGUGGGUACUCGCCCUUCGCGGGAGAUACCAAGCAGGAGACGUAUCUGAACAUAGCGCAGUGCCAGCUAUCCUUCCCACGGGACUUGUUCCGCGGCGUGUCGCAACGUGCCAUACAGUUUAUUAAAGAGACGCUUGUCGUUGACCCCAAGGGUCGUCUUACAGUGGAAGAGUGCCUGGAGCACCCCUGGUUGAAAGACGAAGCAGAUAUCCCGCGCGCGAUCGUCGGCGUCGGCUUCGAUGCCACCGACCUCGCUAGCGAAGACGACAGCGACGAAACGGUCAACGGAGAUAAUGAAGUUAACGAGAUUAACGGUGUUAACGGAGUUAAUGGAGUUAACGGUGUAAACGAGACUAAUGGAGUUGGUUCAGUGAACGGGGUCAAUGGAAUAAAUGUUAACGGAGUGAACGGGGUAAAUGGAAUUAAUGGAAUAAACAGACACAACGGCGUCAGCGAAUGCAAUGGAACAAAUGGUACACAUGAAGAUAAAGAGUACGGUGCGGAGGAAGAGCGCGACAAGCCGCUGAAGCACGCGCACGCGCGCGACGCGUCGCCGCCCUUCCCCGACGCGCCCUCCACGCCCAAGGUCAGUUUGCUUGUUUCAAGAAAGUCUCAUCCCCACCCGCCCUCGGUACUAGCGCUGUGCAAGAAGUUCCAGCCCGACUACGAGAAGCCGGCGACGCUGCCGCACGCGGGGCACGGCGGGCACGCGGGGCACGGCGGGCACGCGGGGCACGGCGGGCACGCGGGGCACGGCGGGCACGCGGGGCACGCGGGGCACGUGGGGCACGCCGGGCACGCGGGGCACGCGGGCGAGUGCUGCGCGUGCGCGUGCCCGGCGCCGUGCCUGCGCGUGCGCGCUGCGCAGGACCGCGCCGUGCUGUGC